CGCCAAUCACCAGCUCGCUUGGUGAAAUAUGAAAAUGGCGGCUCUGUGUAGUGAGUUCGGAGAUCUGGCACAAAUCAAAAAGCAACUCAUAUCUGUCAUCUCGUUGUGUAAAGAAAGAGGACUUCUGCACAGCGCGAAGUGGGCUUCUGAAUUGGCGUUCGCUUUGGAUCCUCUCCCCAAGGAUGAGUUACCCCCAGCGCCACCUUUCACCGAGGAAGACGCUCAAGACCUGGACGCGCUCACACUGGCCAAAUCCUACUUUGACCUGAAGGAGUACGACCGCGCCGCUUACUUUCUAAAAGGCUGCUGCAGUCAGAAGGCUUAUUUCCUCUACAUGUAUUCUCGCUAUCUGUCUGGUGAGAAAAAGAAGGACGAUGAGACAGUGGACAGCUUGGGUCCUCUGGAGAAGGGUCAGGUGCGCAACGAAGCUUUGCGAGAGCUGAGAGUCGAGCUCAGCAGGAAGCAUUGCGCGAGAGAGCUGGACGGCUUCACUCUAUAUUUGUAUGGGGUAGUUUUACGAAAGCUCGACCUGCUGAAGGAGGCCGUGGAGGUGUUUGUGGAGGCAAUUCAAGUGCUUCCUCUUCACUGGGGUGCAUGGCUCGAGCUCAGCAACCUCAUCACCAAUAUCGAAAUGCUGAAGUCCCUGUCUCUCCCCGACUGCUGGAUUAAAGACUUCUUCAUGGCGCACAUGUACACCGAGCUCCAGAUGAUCAAAGAGGCGUUGCAGAAGUACCAAAACCUCAUCGAGGCCGGCUUCUCCAAGAGCACCUACAUCAUCUCGCAGAUCGCCGUGGCCUACCACAACAUCAGAGAUAUCGACCAAGCUUUGGCGCUGUUCAACCAGCUGAGGGAGCAGGAUCCGUAUCGCAUCGACAACAUGGACACCUUCUCUAAUCUGCUGUAUGUCAAAAGUAUGAAACCUGAAUUAAGUUAUCUGGCCCACAACCUGGUGGAGAUCGAUAAGUACAGAGUGGAGACAUGCUGUGUUAUCGGAAACUACUACAGCUUGCGCUCCCAGCAUGAGAAAGCAGCUCUAUACUUCCAGCGAGCCCUGAAACUGAACCCCCGUUGUCUCGGAGCCUGGACCCUCAUGGGCCACGAGUACAUGGAAAUGAAGAACACGUCGGCCGCCAUCCAGGCCUACAGGCACGCAAUAGAAGUGAACAAGCGGGAUUAUCGGGCCUGGUAUGGGUUAGGUCAGACGUACGAGAUCCUCAAGAUGCCUUUUUACUGUUUGUAUUAUUACCGGAAGGCUCACCAGCUCAGACCCAACGACUCGCGCAUGUUGGUCGCGCUGGGCGAAAGCUACGAAAAACUAUCACAGCAAGUUGAGGCCAAGAAGUGCUACUGGAGGGCUUAUUCGGUCGGCGAUGUGGAGAAAAUGGCUCUACUCAAACUGGCAAAGCUCCACGAGCAGCUGAACGAGUCCGACGAUGCUGCCCAGUGUUACAUGCUUUACAUUCAAGACAUUUUCUCUUGUGGGGAACAACUGGAGCACGCUGAGGUGAGCACAGCUCUGCGGUACCUGGGUCAGUACUAUUUCAAGAACAAGCUCUACGACGAGGCCUCCCUCUGCGCUCAGCGCUGCUGCGACUACAACGACGCACGAGAAGAAGGCAAGGCUCUGCUGAGGCAGAUCUCGCAGGUCAGAGAUCAAGUGGAGACGCCUUCGGCAGAUCUGUUUGCUCCGCUCUCGAACAACACGCCCGUCCGGAGGGUGUCUCCUCUGAACCUCAUCUCCUUCACGCCGUGACAUUCACCGGACUGAAAACGGACAAUAUGACGACAGACGCUUGCCAGACUAUGGGGGGAAAACAUGAACAAUAAACUUGAUUUGUUUGUAUUUCAACCUGGAUUGUUUUUGUCCACUCACAGUGGUGUGAAAGGGUCUUUGCCCCCCCCUCCCUUCCUGAUUUCUUACUGUUUUGCACGUUUUGUCAGAACAAAUUGAAAUAUUAGUCGGACAAGUAAAAAUGAAAUGCAGUUUUAAAUGUGUUUUUAUAGUUAAAGAGAAAAAGAAAAUCCAAACCAGCAUGGCCUUGUGUGAUAAAGUGAUUGCCCCCUUAUUAAAACAUAACUCUGGUUCA